AUGGACGAAAUUCUCCAUGAACUCUUCCCUUCCAUCGCAGUCGGCAAAGAUGUCGCUCCCCCCUCACUAGAUCCAGCCACGGGCGUCAAAUCCAAGGACGUCGAAAUCGCGGUGGAGAUCAACCUCUCCUCCCGGAUUUACCUCCCGCCCAACGCCGAUCCUACCAAAAAGCUCCCGCUUCUCGUCUACUACCACGGCGGCUGCUUCAUCGUCGAAUCCGCCUUCUCCCCGCUCUAUCAUAAGCACCUCAAUCACUUAGUUACUCAAGCCAACGUCGUCGCCGUCUCGGUAAAUUACCGAUUAGCCCCUGAAUUCCCGCUCCCAAUCGCGUUUGAGGAUUCAUGGCGCGCUCUCAAGUGGAUCGCCGAGGGCGAGGGCCUGUGGAGUUCAAGAAGUGGUUGGAUUAGUGACGGAUUAGUGACAGAUUUGUGA